UGACUUCAAAAUGCCUGUUGAUGAAAGCAGAAGUGAUGGGCUCAAAAUCAGGUCGUCGUGAUAAACCAAAAGAUGCAAUUGAAGACACUGAUGGCCUUUAUGAUCCCGAGUGUGAAAAUACUGGUGUUUUCAAGGCGAAGCAGUGCAAUGGAACCACCUGCUGGUGUGUAAAUACAGCUGGUGUUAGAAGAACUGACAAACAUGAUGCAGACUUGAAGUGCGAUCGAUUAGUCAGAACGACGUGGAUCAUCAUUGAAAUGAAACAUGCUGAGAGGAAUGCUCCUCUGAACACUGAAUCUUUAAAGAAGUUCUUCAAGGAAACAAUUACCAAUCGUUACAUGCUGGAUGGACGCUAUAUAACUAGUGUUCUGUAUGAAAAACCUUACAUUACUAUUGAUUUGAAGCAAAAUUCCUCAGACAAAUCUUCUGGAGAUGUGGAUAUAGCUGAUGUGGCCUACUACUUUGAAAAAGAUGUAAAAGGUGACUCCAUCUUUCAUAAUAACCAACUAAAUGUCAGCAUUGAUAAUGAAAUGCUGCGUUUUGAGAAGACAGUGGUCUACUAUGUUGAUGAAAUAGCACCGGAGUUUUCCAUGAAGUCUCUGACUCCUGGCCUCAUUGCUGUCAUUGUAGUAGUAAUAAUAGCAAUAGUUGCUGGAGUUGUUGUUCUGGUCUUCACAAGGAGGAGGAAAGGGAAGUACGUGAAAGCAGAGGUAAAGGAAAUGAAUGAAAUGCAUAGAGGGCUGAAUGCGUAGUUAAAUCAGCUGAAGACAGAGUAAGAUUCAAAGAAGACGACAACAGAAACAUUGGAGGCAUGGAUCUUAACUCUUAAAAGAUUCCUCCU